AUGUCCGUGGAUGCCAUCUCACUUCUCGGUGAUGACAUGUCCGUUUCAUCCGUCGGCAUCAAGAAGGUGACGGGAGGUUCAGUGACCGACACGUUGCUGGUGCCCGGUGUGUGCUUCAAGAAGUGCUUCUCUUAUGCUGGAUUCGAAGCUUCGCUGCACUGGAAUCUUGAACUGGAGCUGAAGGCCGAGAAGGACAACGCCGAGGUGCGGAUCAGUGACCCCGAUCAGUACCAGUCCAUCGUGGAUGCCGAAUGGAACAUCAUCUACGAGAAGCUAGACCUGAUCGCCAAGUCGGGCGCAAAUGUCGUUCUCAGCCGACUGGCGAUCGGAGAUCUUGCCACGCAGUACUUCGCAGACCGCAACAUCUUCUGCGCCGGCCGCGUGGAGGUGGAAGACCUGGAGCGAACUCGCCGUGCCACGGGUGCGGAGGUCCAGACCACAGCCCAGGGCAUCGAUGGGAGCGUCCUCGGUUCUUGCGGUCUCUUCGAGGAGAGGCAGAUGGGCGCCGAGCGCUUCAACUUCUUCACGAAAUGCGAGAAGACCAAGACAGCAACGAUCCUGAUCCGAGGUGGCGCGCAGCAGUUCAUCGACGAAGCAGAGCGGUCUUUGAACGACUCCUUGAUGAUCGUCAGAAGAGCCAUGAAGAACACAAAGGUCGUGGGCGGUGGUGGAGCCGUCGAGAUGGAGCUCAGCAGAUACCUCCGGGAGUAUGCGCGGACGAUUUCAGGCAAACAGCAGCUUGUCAUCAACUACUUCGCCCGAGCGCUCGAGGUGAUCCCCAUGACUCUUGCGCAGAACAGCGGUGCAGACGGCACUAAGAUGCUGAAUCAGCUGCGCUCCAAGCACGCUACGGCGGGUCCGGAGGGCCGGUGGUUCGGCGUCGACUGCAUCAACUGCACAGUUUGCGAUGCCUUCGAAAGCUACAUCUGGGAGCCGGUUCUUGUGAAAGAGAGUGCGAUCAAUGCAGCGACCGAGGCCGCUUGCCUCAUCCUCUCCAUUGACGAGACCGUCAAGAACCCCCAGAGCGAAAAGCCCCAGGGGGGCAUGCCGGGCAUGGGUAAAGGCAAGGGCAAGGGAAAGGGCAUGAUGGGCAAGGGCCGCGGCCGCGGCGCACGCGUCCUCAAGGGCUGA